AUGUCCGAAUUCGAGGCAAAAGAAACAUAUGACAUAGUAGACUUAGAGAAGAAUUUCCCGAGCACACAAACGUCAGAAAAGGUAUUCACAGAGAAUGGAAGUUUAUCCGUUGAAGAACAAUUUUCGGUUGACAAUACUAAAGCUGCUAAAUUAGUGAUAUUCAGUAAUCUAAUAAAUCGACUAAAUGCGGAAACGAACGGUAUCGACCCAAUAUCUGAUGAAGACAAAACUGAGGGAUCUGUUCUAAAUGCAACAACUAUGUGGUUCUCCGCUAAUUUAGUACUUUCGGCAUAUGCUGUUGGUGCUUUGGGCCCCCUAGCUUUUGGCCUGAAUUUCGGGACAUCAGUUCUGACAGUCGUUUUCUUUAACAUUUUAGGAGUAUUACCUGUUGCAUUCUUUUCACUUUUUGGUCCAGAAUUAGGUCUAAGGCAGAUGAUUUUAUCGAGAUUUUUAACGGGUAAUAUUACAGGAAGAAUUUUCUCGUUAUUUAAUUGUGUCGCUUGUGUUGGGUGGUGUGUUUUAAACACAAUUGUUGCAGCACAGUUGCUAAAUAUGGUCAAUGAAGGUGGACAUCAAUUACCACUAUGGGCAGGCUGUCUUGUCAUCAUUUCAGGUACGGUUCUAGUUACAUUUUUCGGUUUUAAAAUUAUUCAUGCUUAUGAAAAAUGGUCAUGGGUACCCAACUUUGCUGUUUUCCUAAUUAUUAUUGCGCGUUUGAAAAUGUCAGGUAAAUUUUCUGGUGGUGAAUGGACUUCUGGCUCAACUACAGCUGGUAACGUCUUAUCAUUUGGUUGUGCAGCUUUUGGUUAUGCUGCUGCUUGGGCGACAUACGCGGCGGAUUAUACUGUUUAUAUGCCAAGAGAUAGUAAUAAAUUCAAAAUCUUCUUUUCCCUAGUAGCGGGGUUAAUUUUCCCAUUAUGCUUUACUAUGAUAUUGGGUGCAGCAUGUGCAAUGGGUGCUGUCAAUGAUCCGGUCUGGAAACAAUAUUACGAUACAAAUGCAAUGGGUGGUUUAACAUACGCAAUUUUGGUUCCAAAUUCAUUACACGGGUUUGGAGAUUUUUGUUGUGUAUUAUUAGCCUUAUCCACCAUCGCUAACAACAUUCCAAACAUGUAUACCAUUGCAUUGUCCGUCCAAGCUUUUUGGGAGCCAUUGGCUAAAAUUCCAAGAGCAUUAUGGAGUGUGGCAGGUAAUGCUACAGCAUUGGGUAUUGCCAUUCCAGCAUGUUAUUACUUCGAAUCUUUCCUAGAAAAGUUUAUGAAUACAAUUGCUUAUUAUGCAGCAAUAUAUAUUUGUUUAUCCUGCGCCGAACAUUUCGUCUUUAGACGUAGCAUCAAAGCAUAUAAUGUGGAAGACUGGAAUGAUCCAUCAAAAUUACCCGUAGGGAUAGCAGGGUGUGCCGGGUUGAUUGUUGGUGCAUUUGGUGUAGCCUUAGGAAUGUGCCAAUCUUAUUGGGUCGGUGAAAUUGCACGGCUGAUCGGAAAAUCAGGUGGGGAUAUUGGAUUUGAAUUGGGUGGGGGAUGGGCGUUCAUUACUUACGUUGUCGUUAGAUUUUUGGAACUCAAGUAUAUUGGGCGUUAA